GGAGGAAACAUGCGUUGGACAAAGCAAAGAACAGUUCCAUGCCCGCCAAUGUGUCUUGACUAGCCGACUUGCCCGAUUAGGACUUGGGAUGAGGCACCAGCCUGUCAGGACGCUUGCAACAUCAACAACCCCUGUGUUCGUCUUGAGUGCGUCUCGGACUGCUCGGGGGGUCAACUGUCAGUCAGGUCGCCCUCUACCGUCGGUCAGAGGAUGUCAGCAUAGCAAUCCGCCCCUCUCCCCCCUCUUCCCUGCCUUUCCACGCCUCUCUCAAGUGUAUAUCACUCCAAGAACCUUGCUUUCGUCCUCGAUUCGAUUUUCCACGGCGAAACUCAUUCAACUACCUACCAUGCAUAGGCUCCCACUGCACAUCAUUUUGCGUUUGGGCAUGGGUGGCACGGCGCAACGCAACUCGGCAAACCUUGUCAUCGAAAGGAAUCAGCCGGAUUGUGGGGGGGCCGGCACAUUGCGAUCACUCACUGGAACACAGUUACCUCACUUGCCCUUGUACAGUCUUCCGCACGGGAAAUAUGAUGGCCAUAGAGCUGUUUCACCACUUUGUGAUCAUCACGGUUUAAAGGGGCUUACGACCGAUACCUUGGCUCACAGACAUUGCUUAUGGUCCAAUUUAGGUUUCAUUGCCCCGAACAAACAAGUUAGUUAGCCGUCGAGCUUUCUUGAUCCUGGAUGGUCAAGUAAAGUGCAGGCUUUCCAUCGUUUGUGUGCUAUUCCCGACGGAUGGCGGCAGGAUUCGUGACUCGAAG